GCAAAAUACUAUGAUUGUUCUCAGGGAGGGUAUUACAUACAGUUAACAGUGUAACCUUUUAUAUGAGUAAGAGGGGUGCCUAAAAUGUCGUCAAGUGGUACCAUAAGUAACUAUUAUGUGGAUUCUCUCAUAGGACAUGAAAAUGAGGAGGUAUACGGGGGCAGGUUCUCCCAAGGAGGUCAUACAACGACCCCUAGGCCAUCAGGUGUGGGGGAUAGUUCAGAUUUUUCUUCUUGCAGCUUUGCGUCUAAAUCCAGCCUGUAUCCUGCGACUUGGAGCGGUGCGCACCCUCAACCUUCUUCAGGGGUGACAGGGCUCUAUCAGCCUUACAUGGGCCAGUCCCACCUAGGAGCAGAGGGUAGUAGAUACAACGUGCGCUCCUGGCUGGAGCCCAUCUCUAGCACAGUAUCUUCCUUCUCUGGACCAUUUCACCCCAGCGGACGUAGCAGUUACGGAAUCAAGCCUGAAAGUGCCCCCAAAAGGACCGAGUGCUCUUCCUUUGAUUCCCAGGGGGUCAGCCUACCAGAAUUUCCAUGCAAUUCCUUUGCAGAAGACACAGACAAGAAUUCCACCAAGGAGACUCCUGGCAGUGAAAAUUCCAGCAACAACGAGCUAAAAGAGGAAAAACAGCAGAACCAACCACAGCAGAACCAACAGCAACAGCAGCAACUUGACCCAAAUAACCCAGCAGCAAACUGGAUUCAUGCACGGUCAACUAGGAAAAAGCGAUGUCCUUACACAAAAUACCAAACUCUGGAACUGGAAAAAGAAUUUCUCUUCAAUAUGUACCUCACCAGAGACCGACGUUACGAGGUAGCUAGAAUAUUAAAUCUUACUGAGAGACAGGUCAAAAUCUGGUUUCAGAACAGAAGAAUGAAAAUGAAAAAAAUGAACAAGGAGAAAGGAAAUAAGGACCUAUGAAGAUAUACACAAUUUACCAUGUACAUUGUUUGGGAAAAUGGUUCAUUAUAAAUAUAUAUAUAUAUUGGUCUUUUUGAAUAGAUAUACAUGUGAUAUGUGAUUUUUUUUUGCAUACCUUGUUUCUUUGUAAGUGUAUAUCUGAACGAUGCUGCAUCACAAACUGUUUUGUUUUUAUAUUAUUGUUGUGGUUGCACGAUAAAUUGAUAGAAGUAGGCAAUGCUUGAUGUUUGGCACAUUUAUAAGUCGGUAUUAGGUAGUGUAUUAAAGUUCCUUAUAUAGAGGUAUGAAGUCUAGAUAGUAGAUUUGCCUUGGCUGAAAUGAGCAUUAUAAAUUCGCAUUAAAUCCGUAUGCACAAAAUAUCACUGAAAAUCCAUGGAAAAAUAGUACAAAACCUGUGUUAACAUUUUAAAAUAAUUGUAUUUUAUGUUGGCCCAAAUAUAAGAUUAUAUAUAUAGUAAAAUCUCAAGAGAUUUUAAAGGCCUAUUAUAUUUGUUGUUUUAUCAGUCAAUAUUUUUAAAUUAAAAAUCCAAUAAUUGGCUUAAUUUUAUUUAAAAACAUAAUACUCUAAAUUGUAAACCACACUUGUAGAACAUCCAAUUUAUAGCACUUGAAAUGGUUAUAAAUAGAUACAAUUAUAAAUCUAUUUAUAUUUACUUGGGGAAAAAAUCCAAAGCAGAACUUACAUGAUUGUGCCAAGAGCGAAUAUACGUUAUAAAACUGUUGUAAUUGGGUUUAAAUAUUAAACGUCUUUAUUUGUAUGUAAAUGUAUUAACUAAGAAUAUCUGAGAAUUGUAUCUCAUAUUUGGGGGACUAUAUUGUCGAACUUGUCUGCAGAAUCC